AACUGCCGUCGGCUCCAGACAUGGUAUAAAUCACAGAGACAUCCCAACAGGUAUAAAUUCUCCGUUUGACCAAGCUGCAGCGACAGGAAAACUUCUCAGCCUGGCAAAGAGCAGAGAUUGGGAUCCCAGAGCAGCAAAACAGCAUUAACCCUCAGCUAAGGCGUUAGCUGAACCAUGACUGAAGAGCCCAUGCGGAAGAACAGCGAGAUCGGACACCCUAACUCCAGCAUGGGCUGUGGACACAAGGAUGACAAAGCCAGCCUGGCCUCGAGCCAGAGAGCGUCUUUCAGCCACCAACCUCAUCAGCCUCCCUCCACUCCUGCCUCCAAGGAAGUGUGGAAGAAGGGCGGCCGCAUGUUCUCCAUCCUGCUGGCAGUGCACUUGGCACUACUGGCCUGCACGUUGGUGAGCAGCGGGGCUUUCGAGAAGAUCGCUGUGCAUGACUACGAUGUCUUCUUCCUGCUGACUGUCAUGAUGCUGAUAGUCAUCAUAUGGAUCAUCUUCUACCUCUUUGGCACCUCCCGGUGCCCAGAUGCCAUCCUCUGCAAGGACUCCCAUGCUGGACCCAUCUGGCUGAGAGGAGGCCUGAUCCUAUUUGCCAUUUUCAGCCUUGUGAUGGAUGUGUUCAAAAUAGGAUAUUACUCAAGCUUCUACAGCUGCCUGUCUGCAAUCAAAAUAAUCUACCCCAUUGUGCAAGCAAUAUUUGUGGUCAUCCAGACAUACUUCCUGUGGGUCUCUGCCAAGGACUGUGUCCACGUGCACCUGAACGUCACGAGGUGCGGCUUGAUGCUAACGCUGACUACAAACUUAGCAGUGUGGAUGUCAGCAGUGACAGAUGAGUCUGUUCACAAAGCACAUUCAAAGUUGAAGAAGAAUGUGACAGAUGAAAUCUUCAGAUGGCUUUUGAAAGCGGGAAUGAGAAGUAGCUCACCUGAAGAAUGCAAUUGCAACAGCCAAAUCUGCCAGGUCUUCAAGAACGGCUACUUUUGGCUGUACCCCUUUAACAUUGAGUACAGUCUCUUUGCCUCUGCCAUGGUCUAUGUCAUGUGGAAGAAUGUUGGACGCUUCAUAGACCACCACUCCCACCAUGUUCAUCGCCUGAAGUUCAGGCUCUUCAGAAGGACCUUCUUCGUAGGCAUUGUGUUGGGCCUCAUCACUCUCGUGAGUGGUUUGGGAGUCCUUAUUCUUUAUGAGGUGCAGGUUAAUUCCAGCACUGAAUCCAGCAAGAAGAGCCAAGCCCUCACCAUGUACUAUAUCUUCAACAUUGUUUGCCUGGGCCUGAUGUCUCUUGUCUGCAUUGGUGGCUCUGUCAUCUACCGGUUUGACAAGAGAGACAUGGAUCGGCACAAGAACCCAACCAGGACCCUGGAUGUGGCCCUGCUGAUGGGUGCAGCCUUGGGACAGUACGCUAUUUCUUACUACUCCAUCGUGGCCAUUGUAGCCAGCACACCAAGAAAUGCUAUCAGCGCACUCAACCUCACGUAUGCUCUCCUAAUGAUUGCUCAGCACACCUUCCAGAACAUCUUCAUUAUCGAAGGCCUCCAUCGGCAACCCCCCAAGGAGGACCACAAGCAUGAUUCCCACCAGAAGGAUCUCUAUGGACUCACCUUUGUCAACAUCAAUGCAGUGUCCCUCCGGAUGCCUGACAGCGGCAGCACCUUGGCCCCUAGCACAGUCUCUGGCGCUGAAGCCAUCCAUCCUUCUGACCUUGUGAGGUCCCUCACUGCUCCCAAGAGGAUGAACUGGAGGAGGAAGUUCUUAAGGGAGAUCUCCAUGUUCCUCCUGCUGAGCAAUAUCAUACUCUGGAUCAUGCCAGCCUUUGGUGCCCGGCCCCAGUUUGACAAUGACACAGAACUGAACUUCUAUGGUGAUUCCAUGUGGCCGGCCAUCGUGGAUAUUUGCCUGCCCUUUGGGAUCUUCUACCGAAUGCAUGCAGUGGCCAGUUUGCUAGAGGUCUACACCAUGUCCUAAAGAACUGUCUCGCAAGGAAGAUGUGAUCCUUCUCAACCCACUUGCCUUUUUCCUUACCCCAGGGCUGGGAGACUGCCCUGAUGCCCCCAGGGGUCACCCCAGCACUGCCUGAAUCAUGUCCCCUUGCAGUGCUGGGGCAUUUAUGAAUCGCCAGUGCAGAUCAUCCAAACAUGGUCCAGAUUUUAUUUUUGCUACUUGUGUGUGGAUGCGCAUGUGUGUGUCUGAUGUUCUUAAAGCUUAAAAGGUAAAGAAAGGAAGGUAUCCAGAACAGGAUCAUGGUGAUUACCCUUUGGUUCAUGUAGAGACUCACCUUCCUUCUUAAAAGCCUGUUCACUCCAUGCCAGUGAUGUACCUGCCAGUGGGUGCUUGGCCCCCUUGGACACUCAGUGCCUGCCUGAGGGGCUAACACAGGCGUGAAAGGCAAAGAAAUGAAACCACUUCAACUUCUGGUAAGGCCAGUCAGAAAUCACUGCCCUGCAGAGAUGUGAAAAACAAACCAGUGACCACCAAAGGCUUUGGGAAACCUUUUAAUCUUUCCUCUCUGUAUUACCCAUUUAUAUUGAUCCUUCCCUGUAUCAGCCUCUGCUGUUUUCCUUCCUCUCCAAGGAGGCAUCACUGCUGCCGAGUGGGAUUGCCUCCUCUUCCCAAGGGGCAGGUCGUCUCUACAGGAGAGCUGUGCAUGUGGUCCUGGGCUGGCCCUGAUAGGGGAUUGCUCUAAGCACACUUUUUAUCCCAGUUUUCCUGAAUCAGGGCUCAAAAACCAUAAAGAUUGUAUGGGCAAUAUAGUGUGGGGAAUGUC